GACACGGUGCGGGCGCGGCUUCCUUGGUCCACCGCAGCGGCCUCUCCACCCGCGGGCGCCGCAGCCACGGUCGCACAACCGCCGAUGCGCCUCCAGUGACCCGAACAGCAAGGCCCGCGCGCGGCGGGGGCGGCGGCGGACGCCUGGCCACCGUGACCCCAAUUUUGGAUUUACCGCUCGGGGGGUGGGGGGAGCCUGGAUUUAACUGGCGGCUGUUUUGGGGGACGCCGGACGCCAUGUUGUGGAAAAUAACCGAUAAUGUCAAGUAUGAAGAGGACUGCGAGGAUCGCCACGACGCGAGCAGCAAUGGCAACCCGCGCCUGCCGCACCUGGCCUCGGCCGGACAGCACCUCUACAGCCCCGCGCCGCCGCUCUCGCACACCGGAGUCGCCGAAUACCAGCCGCCGCCCUACUUCCCGCCCCCGUAUCAGCAGCUGGCGUACUCGCAGUCGGCCGACCCCUACUCGCACCUCGGGGAGGCCUACGCCGCGGCCAUCAACCCCCUCCACCAGCCCGCGCCCGCCGGCAGCCAGCAGCAGGCCUGGCCGGGCCGCCAGAGCCAGGAGGGCGCCGGCCUGCCCUCGCACCACGGGCGCCCCGCCGGCCUGAUCCCGCACCUCUCGGGGCUCGAGGGGGGCGCCAUGAGCGCCCGCCGGGACGCCUACCGCCGCUCGGACUUGCUGCUGCCGCACGCUCACGCCCUGGACGCCGCGGGCCUGGCCGAGAGCCUGGGCCUCCACGACGUGGCGCACCAGAUGGAGGAGGUGCAGAAUGUCGAGGAUCAGCACCUGCUUCUGCACGACCAGACUGUUAUCCGCAAAGGUCCCAUUUCAAUGACCAAGAACCCUUUGAGUCUCCCUUGUCAGAAGGAGCUGGUGGGGGCCGUGAUGAACCCUAGCGAGGUCUUCUGCUCCGUUCCGGGAAGACUGUCCCUCCUCAGCUCUACGUCUAAAUAUAAAGUGACCGUCGCUGAAGUCCAGCGGAGACUGUCCCCGCCCGAGUGCUUAAACGCCUCGCUGCUGGGAGGUGUCCUCAGGAGAGCCAAGUCUAAAAACGGAGGCCGGUCUUUGCGGGAGAAACUGGACAAGAUCGGCUUGAAUCUUCCCGCUGGGAGGCGGAAAGCUGCGCAUGUCACCCUCCUGACGUCCCUGGUGGAAGGUGAGGCUGUUCAUCUGGCUCGGGACUUUGCCUAUGUCUGCGAAGCAGAAUUCCCUAGUAAACCAGUGGCAGAAUAUUUAACCAGGCCUCAUCUUGGAGGUCGCAAUGAGAUGGCGACUCGGAAGAACAUGCUGCUGGCCGCACAACAAGUGUGCAAGGAAUUCACGGACCUACUAAACCAAGACCGAACACCCAACGGGAACAGCAGACCCACCCCCGUCUUGGAGUCCAACAUCCAGAACUGCUUGUCGCAUUUCAGCCUCAUCACCCACGGCUUCGGCAGCCAGGCCAUCUGUGCCGCCGUGUCUGCUGUGCAGAACUACAUCAAAGAGGCUCUGCUAGUCAUAGACAAGUCCUACAUGAACCCUGGUGACCAGAGUCCCGCGGAUUCUAGCAAAACCCUGGAGAAGAUGGAGAAGCACAGGAAAUGAAACGGGGCCUGCGAGGAUGGAAGCAUCUGGGAGGAAAAGGG